UGCGCCGCGCCGCGCACAACCGCGGGCGCCUGGCCGGCUAAGCCUGCGCGGGGCCGCCUCGCUAGCUCCCAGCUCCGCAGGCGGCCCGCGGGCUCCGACAGCUGCGCCCACAGCCGGAGGCGGAGGCAGCCGCUGACCCCAGGCCCGGCGGCCCGCGCGACCUUCGGAACAUGGCAACCUGGGCGGCUUGUCCUGGAAGAAGACGUUAGCUGAUGUGAGGCCUGAGAAAGCGGCGUGUCAUUUCUGCGGGUACUUCAUGGUGUUCUCCUCUGCCCUGUCCACCCGCUGCUCUGUGCGACUCCUGAACCAUGGGAGAAAACGAGGACGAGAAGCAGGCCCAGGCAGGCCAGGUUUUCGAGAACUUCGUCCAGGCUUCCACAUGCAAAGGUACCCUACAGGCCUUCAACAUCCUCACCCGUCAGCUGGACCUAGACCCUCUGGACCACAGAAACUUCUACUCCAAGCUCAAGUCCAAGGUGAACACAUGGAAGGCCAAAGCCCUGUGGUACAAAUUGGACAAGCGUGGCUCCCACAAAGAGUAUAAGCGGGGGAAGUCGUGCAUGAACACCAAGUGUCUCAUCAUUGGGGGAGGACCAUGUGGCUUGCGCACUGCCAUUGAACUUGCCUUCCUGGGAGCCAAAGUGGUUGUGGUGGAAAAGAGGGACACCUUCUCCCGGAACAACGUGCUGCACCUCUGGCCGUUCACCAUCCACGACCUGCGAGGCCUGGGAGCCAAGAAGUUCUACGGGAAGUUCUGUGCCGGCUCCAUCGACCACAUCAGUAUUCGUCAGCUGCAGCUCAUCCUGUUUAAGGUGGCGUUGAUGUUGGGCGUGGAAAUCCACGUGAACGUGGAGUUUGUGAAGGUUCUGGAGCCUCCUGAAGAUCAGGAAAACCAAAAAAUCGGCUGGCGGGCAGAAUUCCUCCCCGCCGACCACGCCCUGUCAAACUUCGAGUUUAAUGUCAUCAUCGGCGCAGAUGGCCGAAGGAACACCCUGGAAGGAUUCAGAAGGAAAGAAUUCCGUGGGAAGCUGGCCAUCGCGAUCACCGCCAACUUCAUCAACAGAAACAGCACGGCGGAGGCCAAGGUGGAGGAGAUCAGUGGCGUGGCUUUCAUCUUCAACCAGAAGUUUUUUCAGGACCUGAAAGAAGAAACAGGGAUCGAUCUUGAGAACAUUGUUUACUACAAGGACUGCACCCACUACUUCGUCAUGACCGCCAAAAAGCAGAGCCUGAUCGACAAAGGGGUCAUCAUUAAGGACUACGUGGACACAGAGAUGCUGCUGUGUGCGGAGAACGUGAACCAGGACAACCUGCUGUCCUACGCCCGGGAAGCCGCGGACUUCGCUACCAACUACCAGCUGCCAUCCUUAGACUUCGCCAUGAACCACUACGGGCAGCCUGACGUCGCCAUGUUUGACUUCACCUCCAUGUAUGCUUCGGAGAACGCGGCCCUGGUGCGCGAGCGCCAGGCACACCAGCUCCUCGUGGCCCUCGUGGGCGACAGCUUGCUUGAGCCAUUCUGGCCGAUGGGCACCGGUUGUGCUCGCGGCUUCCUGGCGGCCUUUGACACAGCGUGGAUGGUGAAGGGCUGGGACCAGGGUACCCCAGCCCUGGAGCUGCUGGCUGAGAGAGAAAGUCUGUACCGGCUGCUACCUCAAACCACCCCAGAGAACAUCAACAAGAACUUCGAGCAGUACACCUUGGACCCAGGGACGCGCUACCCAAACCUCAACUCGAAUUGUGUCAGGCCCCAUCAGGUGAAGCAUUUGUUCAUCACUAAGGAGCUGGACCGCUACCCUCUUGAGAGACUGGGCUCAGUGCGGAGAACUGUGGGCCUCUCCAGGCGGGAGUCAGACAUCCGCCCCAGCAAGCUCUUAACCUGGUGCCAGCAACAGACCGAGGGCUACCAGCACGUCAAUGUCACCGACCUGACCACAUCCUGGCGCAGCGGCCUGGCGCUGUGUGCCAUCAUCCACCGCUUCCGGCCGGAGCUGAUCAACUUCGACUCCUUGAACGAAGACGACGCAGUGGAGAACAACCAGCUGGCAUUUGAUGUGGCCGAGCGCGAGUUUGGGUUCCCUCCGGUGACCACGGGCAAGGAGAUGGCCUCGGCCCAAGUGCCCGACAAGCUCAGCAUGGUCAUGUACCUCUCCAAGUUCUACGAGCUCUUCCGGGGCGCCCCACUGAGGCCCGUGGAUUCUUGGCGCAAAAACUACGGAGAGAAUGCCGACUUCAGCUUGGCCAAGUCCUCCAUUCCUAAUAACUAUCUCAACCUCACGCUUCCAAGGAAGCGGACGCCGCGGGUGGAUGGCCAACCCGAAGAGAACGACAUGAACAAACGCAGGCGGAAAGGCGUCAACAACGUGGACGAGCCACCAGCCUUUUCCAGCCGGAGCCUGGGCUCCAGUCAGGAGUGUGGCAGCAGUAAGGAAGGCGGCAGUCAGAACAAAGUCAAGUCCAUGGCAAAUCAGCUGCUGGCCAAGUUUGAGGAGAGCACUCGGAACCCCUCGCUCCUGAAGCAGGAACGCCGUAACUCAGGGAUAGGUAAGACCACCCUGUGCUCUUCCUCUGACCUUCCUGCUAGCUCUCACUGCCCCAAGCCGGACGAGCCCACACCCAGCCCAUCACCUCCUCUGAAAAGGCAGUUCCCCUCCACGGCUGUGCCAGGGCACGUGCUCCGAGAGCUCAAGCAAGUGUCUGCAGGCGGCGAGUGCCCGAGCAGGCCCUGGAGAGCCAGGGCCAAGUCUGACCUGCAGCUGGCUGGGCCCGAGAGCCCCCCGGCCCUGCCUCCCGCCUGCCAGGGAGCCCUGGCCCUUUCAGGGGUGCUGCGGCGGCUGCAGCAGGUGGAAGAAAAGAUUCUCCAGAAGAGGGCCCAGAACUUGGCCAACAGGGAAUUUCACAAAAAGAACAUUAAGGAGAAGGCGGCUCACCUGGCCUCUCUGUUCGGACAUGGGGAUUUCCCACAGAAUAAACUGCUCACUAAAGGCCUGUCUCCUACUCAUCCUCCGUCUCCUCCCUCUUGCCUUCCAUCUCCUGACUCCGCUCCACCCUCUCCGCCGGCUGUCAACACUGCUUCCUCUUCCAGAAAGGGAAUGUCAGCACCUUCAAGUGGCCUUGUCUAUCCCGGGCGCUUAAGAACAGUGCCAGCUCAGCUGACGGUAGGGAAAGUGUCCAGCGGAAUAGGGGCUGCCGCCGAAGUCCUGGUCAAUCUGUACUUGAACGAUCACAGACCCAAGGCGCAGGCCAGCUCUCCAGACCUGGAGUCUAUGAGGAAGGCGUUUCCCCUGAGCGUGGGCGGCAGCGACACCUGCUACUUCUGUAAGAAGCGCGUGUACGUGAUGGAGCGGCUGAGUGCCGAGGGCCACUUUUUCCACCGCGAGUGCUUCCGCUGCAGCAUCUGCGACACCACCUUGCGUGUGGCCACUUACGCCUUCGACUGUGAUGAAGGCAAGUUUUACUGCAAGCCCCACUUCAUUCACUGUAAAACCAACAGCAAGCAACGGAAGAGACGGGCAGAGCUGAAGCAACAGAGGGAGGAGGAGGGCACGUGGCAAGAGCAGGACACCCCUCAGCGAGACACGCCCACCGAAAGUUCUUGCGCAGCGGCCGCCAUCGGCACUCCAGAAGGCAGCCCCCCAGCAGAUGAGCCCAGCUCCCCCAAGAAGCCCAAGAGCACCCCUGAGCCAGAGCAUCAUGCCGUGCAAGAGGGCGCCACCUCGCCCCUGGCCUCCGAGUGGACCUCGGUGAGGAUCAGCCCUGGGGAGGAUGUGGCUGGGCAGGACGUACUGGCCGUGUGUGUCCUGGUCACCAGCGAGGACAGCAGCUCCGACACAGAGUCUGACUGUGGCGGCAGUGAAGCCCCCAGCGUGGAGCUCCGUGCAGAGAGACCCCCGCAGCCCAAGCCGGAGCCUCCACCGAAGCCCCUGAGCCGGCACGUCUCCCUGAGGGAACCCCUGACCAGGGCGGUCUCGCCGCACAGUCCUGAGGAGUCCCACGCGGUGCACGCUCUGCAUCGGGCCAGAAGCUUCCAGUCUUCAACGCCAAGCCAACAGCCACACUGGAGAACAUUCCAGUCCAGUUUCACGCCAGUGAACAGCGAAGCUGCCUCACCUCCAAGGGAACCGUCUCCGUCUCUGUCUCUGUCUCUUCCUCGGUCUUUGCGGGCUUCUCCUUCAUCCCUGCCGCCAUCUUCUUCAGCCAGUGUCCCCGAAGUUGCGCCCAAGGCCACCUCCCCACCGCAGGUCUCCACAGGUUCUUGCGAUCCAACCACCCCAAUCUUUUUGAGGCGAGCCAAAGCCCAAGGAGCGCUCAAGGAGAUCCCCCUCUACCUUCCCCACGAGAUGGUGCUGGAGCGGGCAGAAUUCUGCCUCGUGAGUCCCGGUGGCGAAAGCCUGACGAGCCCUGCCGAGUGGGACCGGCCGGCCGAGGACCCCCCUGCGGACACCAGCAGCAUCCACAGAGACCCAGCCCCCACUGUGGGGAAGGACAGCUGCUUGCCAGACCAGAAGCUACCUCCCAGGGCUGAGCCGGCGGCGGAGAAGCGGCCAGGCCUGAAGAAGCUGGUCCUGAGUCCGGAGCAGAAGACCAUGUUGCUGGAUUGGAAUCACUCCAUCCCCGGAAGCGUGGGGCCCGCUCAGGAUGGCGCUGAGAAUGGGCUGAGGUCAGCCCAACCGGUGCCGCCCCCUCAGAGAGAGGCCCAGGGGCCGGCGGGGACCCAGGCUGACCGGGCACCGGGGGAGCGGAGCGUGCCUCCUCCCAAGUCCCCGCUGCGGAUGAUAGCGAGUGUCUUCCGGAAGACCCUCUUGCCCAGCGGCGGGAGGAAGCCCUGGACCAAGGCUGAGUCCAAAGCUUUGCCCACCAACCAGGCGCAUGCCCGCCCGCGUUCCUUCAGCUUUCGGAGGGGCAGUUCCAGCAAAGAGGGGGACCAGCGGUCCCCGGGAAGAAACAUGAUGAGCAGGGCUGCUGCCUUCUUCUCCUCCGGCUCCCUGGCAGCCAAGGCGGCCCAGGCCACGGACCUUAGCCCUCCCAGCCCUGCUCAGCACACCCACAGUCUGCCCAGGCGGCCACCCGAGGCGUUGCCCGCCCUUUCGGCUGCUCCCAGCAGUAAGCUAGAUGAUGUCCCCUCGCUCCUGGAGAAAGUGAGUUUGCAAGAGCCCUCAGAUGCACUUAAGGUUUCAAAGAGAUUAUCCUCACUGGUUUCCUCCUUCAGAAUCAAAGAAAAAUCUUCUGAGAGUUAUCCCCAGGAACCCAAACCAAGGAAGGAUGUCAGAGACCUCUUCGAUGGUCCCCAAGAAAAGGGGCUUCCCACAAAUGGUGGUCGCUGCCUGGAGAAGCCGGGGCAGGCAGCCCAGCCUCCCCCUCCAGCAGGAGCUGCAAGCCCCCAGCGCAUCCCUGUCAGAGCACAGGUGACGGAGGCUCCCUCUCCCCCGUCUUCCACCACCUCCUCCUCUGGAGAUGAAGGCUCAGGUUCCGAGCUCUCCUUGCAGGCAAAGGAGAACAAGAUGCUUAGAAAAAGAAGGAAGCUGGAAAAAGCAACCAAGCAGUUGGCUAAGCAAGAGGAACUGAAACGACUCCAUAAGGCUCAGGCCAUCCAGAGGCAGCUGGAGGAGGUGGAGGUGCGGCAGAGGGCUUCGGAGAUCCAGGGCGUGAGGCUGGAGAAGGCGCUGAGAGGAGAAGCAGAUUCAGGCACACAGGAUGAAGCACAGCUCUUGCAGGAAUGGUUUCAGCUGGUUCUGGAGAAGAAUAAAUUAAUGCGAUAUGAGUCGGAGCUACUGAUCAUGGCCCAAGAACUAGAAUUAGAAGAUCAUCACAGCAGAUUGCAGCAGAAGUACAGAGAGAAAAUGCUCAAGGAGGAGAACCAGAAAGAUGAGAACGCCGUCCACGAGGCGCAGGAGAUAUUCGCCGAGAUGAUGAAAGUGGUGGAGCAAAGGGACAAACUCGUGGACUCCUUGGAGGAACAGCGCCUCAAAGAGAAGGCUGAGGACCAGCAUUUUGAGAGCUUUGUAUUCCCCAGGGGCUGUCAGCUGAGCAGGACCUGAUGAGACACCCCCCCACCACCACCGGAGGCAGGCUGAACGCCGCAUCAGGACGGCCACAGCACGCUUCUCGUCCGUCUGUGCUUCGGUGGGCUCCAUCAUGCCUGGAAUUUAAGUUGUACCCUCCUGCAGUUCUCUCAUAGGUCAGAACUGUCUCGGGCAGACAACAGCGUCCCAAGGCCCCUCCAGAGCCAAGCAAGAAGAAAACACAAAGACUCUUGAAACUGGCAGCCGACUCGAGCUGGGCCGUCAGUGUGGAGGUGUCCCUGGCACAUGACCAGCGUGGUUUUUCCCCCAUAAAAUGACACAAUGAUGUGAUUCUCCUGUGGCUCUUGUCAUCUUCCUCCCCAGUUCAUUGAGUUGCACAUUUUAAAAUUUUAAGAAGCUGCCUUUUCAUGAAAAUAUCCCUAUUUUCCUUCUUUUCUUUUCUUUUUUUUUUCAUGGGUGACUGAUUUCCAAAUGUCAGAAAGCAGCAGCAGGUUAAAGAUUAGGUUAAUAUUUAAAUUGCACUUCCAGAGAAAGAGGAGAAACCUUGAGAUUACUGAUUACACAAAGCAAAUAACUGGUAUAGCAGGUGUUAAUUCAAUCCAGGGCGAAUUUAAUUUACCAGGUGUACUUAUAAGCCUUAAUAGAAUAUACAUCAGCAAUGAGGGUUUAAUAGAACAUUUGAGCCGUAAUUUUAUUAAAAAGGAAAAAGGAAAUCCAACUUUAGCUUCAUGCCAGCGGGAUUGUUAGUUUUCACCAAAUACCACGGGCUUAGAGGAGCUUUUGUUCCCACAGUCUCGUCCUUGUGGCCCUUGCAACAUAAUAAGCGUUUUGAGGAACUCAAUGAUUUUGAGGGGCUUUAUUUUUUUAAUAAGCGCUGGUGAUGGCAAAAAGGGAAGCUCUUCCAUUUGUUGCUGAAACACGGAUGAGGCCGGUGCUGUAAGUGAAAGGGAGUAGGGGAGCAGUGCCCCCUGCAGGGAUCUGUGUCUCUGCCCAGGGCAAGGACAAAGCCACAUCUGACUUCCAGGGAGAGCUGCGUGCAGGGACUUCACCUCCCAAAUCGGCAACUGAUGGUGGGCUUUUUAAAAAUGAUAUUUCCAGUAUGAAAAGGCAGCUGGGAUAGAGUGUGCGCGGGCACCUUGGGAUUCCUGGGGUGUCUGGACUGCAUUUGGAGACCAAAGAAGAGAAGGCUUCAAAUGGCGAUGUGCUGGCCUGAAAUGCUGGCUCCUUUGCCUUCCAUGGGGUUCUUUGAAGAUUUCCUCUGUUAUUGACAAAACAGAGACUGGAGAACUCUGUGUCCUGGCUGUUCUUGUUCUGUGAGUGUCUGAGUUUGUCAUCAGACAGAAGUGCUUUGCGGCUGUUGGCUCUCCCUCAAGACCACAUUUUUCUCCAGGUGCGCUGACCCACCAACCUCUUUGGUCUGAGAUGAUGUCCCUGAUGCUGGUCCGGUCAGCUGAUAAGCCAGAAAUUAAAUGUCUAUGGUCUUCCUCUGAGCCUGCCAACAUUUUGGGUAGAAUUUAAACAGUCUUCAGGGGUGGCAUACAAAUUCCAAAGACUGGGCUUUUUUUUUCUUUCCUUCCUCCCUUCUAUCUGUCUUCUAUCCAUCCAUCCAUCUACCUACCUACCUGCCAAUCCACCUAUCUACCCUCUUAUAACAACUGCCACUUCUGGCUAUCUCUCUACUUUUAUUUAUUUGUAUAUUUUGUGCAAAUUGGUAAUAUGAUUUUCUCAUAAUUCAGUUUUUUCUGUGUUAUAAUUUGGAGACGGCCCAUUGUCAGUAAAAUUGCUAUAUAAGCUAUUUGAUGUACAAAUAACCCCAACGUUUGGGGCAGUGAGUUGUACAGUAUUAAAGAUUGAUGGAGAUGAACAAAAUACUUUCAGACAUCAGCCUUUAGAAGUAAGCUAGUGUACAUUCUGCAGCAGCUUCUGUGUCUGCAAUAUGAGUGGGGUUAUGAUGAGAUCCGGGCGGCCCCUUCACUGUCCCACAGAAGACCACUGGGUGAAGCGCUGAGGACGCUGAAGGCGCCAUGGCUGCCCACGCCUGUAUCAUCUUCAUAGUCAGCUCGUACAACCCCUAUGUUAACCCAAAGGGCUCAAGGCAAUAAUAAGGGCAGGAUUUUACAUAAGUUGGACCAGGAGGACAGUUUUUUUUUUUUUUUUUUUAAGCUUGCUCUUCCAAAUCUUCCAUCUAUUGAUCUAUUUAUUUAACAUGCCCAUAGGGUUCUGCAGCCCUGUGCUGGAGGCUGAGACAUACAAAGAAUACUCAUCUUCCUCUCUACCUCCAAGUAAAUACAAAGAUCAAGAAAUAAGUACCUCCCCAUGCAAAGAUAAAAGACUAUUUUUUAUUAUAAGCCCCAACCUAUUCCCCUCACGUUCGUCUCAAGCGUGAAGACUUAGAUCCCCCACCAUCACAGAGCUCCUCUGGCCAUCAAAAUAAGUUCGUGUUUCUAAAACUGUGAAAAAAUAAUGUCAAGUUGUACUGUUCCAUUUCAACCUUGACUUGGGCGGCGUGAGGCUGUUUGGAAUCAAUCAAUGCCGAGAUGCAGCAUGUUAAUUGCGACUGCGAAAGGAAGUGGCAGGUGUUUCCAACGCUGAUGAGCUGCGAUGAAAUUGAUGUUUUCUGUGCGUUCUGGAGGCAAAUGACAAUUCAGCACUGUCUCUCUUCCCAGGAAGCAGAUUUAAAGGCUUUUCCUUCCAGACUGAAAGUGGCAGCGUGCCCCACCCAGGUGGUUAUCAGAGAACUACCUCAGCAGGGCAGAGGGGGUAGGGGGCAGCUGGGGCUGCCGCCUGCGCCCACAGAGUGGCUGGCGGCGGCGGUGGGGAGCGCAGACGGAGGGGGUUAUUGUCAGAAGAAGGUUCACGACCGGGGGAAAGUGUACUAUUCCACCCACUGUUUAUCUUCGAGCCUCACUGCUGAGUCGUUCGUGAAAGAUUAAUGUGCGCCAACAACCGGGAGCCUUGUGCACUGCUCUGCAAACUGAAGCGAAGCAAAAAUAAAUGGUUUUGUGUCUCAGGAAUCAAAACACUUUCACGUGGGCUCGGUCUGGCUCUUUCUUUUCCGUGAAAGGAGCUGGACAAAGCUUUGAUUUGGAAUGGGAGGCUGUGGGUGCUUGAUUACCUGGGGGCACCUGGAAGGACUUACCUGCCCAGCAAAUUGGAUUUGAGUGGGAGGGGAGCGGGGAGCCUGGGCUCACCUCAGGUGCAAUGUCUCCACAAAGAAAGCUGUUGUCAGGGCUGUGCCGGGGGAGGAGGGAGGCCGGGCCCAGCCCCGCCUCUCCAUUUCUUUUCACCUUCUUACCCGGGAAGCCUGGUUUUGAAUUUCACUGCCAGGCACUCCCUUCUGGGCAGACCUGGCCUCAUCCUCCAACUCACUCUCUUGCAGGACCAGGUUUGUCUGGUUUUCUCUGCUCUUUCCCCCAGUGCGUGGAAAUUAGCAAAUACAGGCAGAUAAUGCCUCCCAAGUGGUGCACGAGGUAAUCAAGAAGUCAGGCCCAGGAACCAGCCCCCACCCCCAUCAGCCACUCAAGCUCCCCUUAUUGUUUGAAAACUUUCUUUCCGAUGAGCUAUUUGAAAUGAUUCGCACUGCCAUUGACUAGUAGUGAAAAAUAUAUACCAGAGAACUUCAAAAAGUGCAUGGAAAAAUGAAAUAAAAGGAUAUUUGGGUA